AUGGCAAGCUCUGUAGCAUCCUACGAGCAGCUGGUGAGGCAGGUGGAGGCCUUGAAGGCCGAAAACAGUCACCUGAGGCAGGAGCUACGGGACAACUCGAGCCACCUGUCCAAGCUGGAGACGGAGACAUCGGGCAUGAAGGAGGUCCUGAAGCACUUACAGGGCAAACUGGAGCAGGAGGCCCGAGUGCUGGUGUCCUCAGGGCAGACCGAGGUGCUGGAGCAGCUGAAAGCCCUGCAGAUGGACAUCACCAGCCUGUAUAACCUCAAGUUCCAGCCGCCUGCCCUGGGCCCUGAGCCCACUGCCCGGACCCCUGAGGGAAGCCCAGUACACAGCUCCGGGCCGUCCAAGGACAGCUUCGGGGAGCUGAGCCAGGCCACUAUUCGACUACUAGAGGAACUGGACCGGGAACGGUGCUUCCUGUUGAGCGAGAUCGACAAGGAGGAGAAGGAAAAGCUCUGGUACUACUCGCAGCUGCAGGGCCUGUCCAAGCGCCUGGACGAGCUGCCGCACGUGGAGACGCAGUUCUCGAUGCAGAUGGACCUGAUCCGGCAGCAGCUGGAGUUCGAGGCGCAGCACAUCCGCUCGCUCAUGGAGGAGCGAUUCGGCACCUCCGACGAGAUGGUGCAGCGCGCGCAGAUCCGAGCUUCGCGCCUGGAGCAGAUCGACAAGGAGCUGCUGGAGGCGCAGGACCGGGUGCAGCAGACUGAGCCCCAGGCCCUGCUGGCGGUGAAGUCGGUGCCGGUGGAGGAGGACCCUGAGACGGAGGUCCCCACGCACCCUGAGGAUGGCACCCCUCAGCUGGGCAACAGCAAGGUGGAGGUGGUCUUCUGGCUGCUGUCCAUGCUAGCGACGCGCGACCAGGAGGACACGGCGCGCACGCUGCUUGCCAUGUCCAGUUCUCCGGAGAGCUGCGUGGCCAUGCGCCGCUCGGGCUGCCUGCCGCUGCUGCUGCAGAUCCUGCACGGCGCCGAGGCCGGGGCGGGGGGUCGCGCCGGGGCCCCUGGGGCGCCGGGUGCCAAGGACGCUCGCAUGCGCGCCAACGCCGCGCUGCACAACAUCGUCUUCUCGCAGCCGGACCAGGGCCUGGCGCGCAAGGAGAUGCGCGUUCUGCACGUGCUGGAGCAGAUCCGCGCUUACUGUGAGACCUGCUGGGACUGGCUGCAGGCCCGGGACGGCGGGCCCCAGGGCGACGGCGGCGGCGGCGCUCCCGUCCCCAUCGAGCCACAGAUCUGCCAGGCCACCUGUGCUGUGAUGAAGCUGUCCUUUGACGAGGAAUACCGCCGUGCCAUGAACGAGCUAGGUGGGCUGCAGGCAGUGGCAGAGUUACUGCAGGUCGACUACGAGAUGCAUAAGAUGACCCGGGACCCGGUCAACCUCGCCCUGCGUCGCUACGCCGGCAUGACCCUCACCAACCUCACUUUUGGGGACGUCGCCAACAAGGCCACAUUGUGUGCCCGGCGGGGCUGCAUGGAGGCCAUCGUGGCCCAGCUGGCAUCGGAGAGUGAAGAUCUCCACCAGGUGGUGUCUAGCAUCCUGCGCAACCUGUCCUGGCGGGCGGACAUCAGCAGCAAGAAGGUGCUCAGGGAGGUCGGCAGCAUGACUGCCCUGGUGCAGUGCGUCCUGAGGGCCACCAAGGAGUCCACCCUGAAGAGCGUGCUCAGCGCCCUGUGGAACCUGUCGGCCCACAGCACGGAGAACAAGGCUGCCAUCUGCCAGGUGGACGGCGCGCUGGGCUUCCUGGUGAGCACGCUGACCUACAAGUGCCAGAGCAACUCGUUGGCCAUCAUCGAGAGCGGCGGUGGCAUCCUGCGGAACGUGUCCAGCCUCAUCGCCACCCGUGAGGACUACAGGCAAGUGCUUCGUGACCACAACUGCCUGCAGACGCUGCUGCAGCACCUGACCUCGCACAGCCUGACCAUCGUGAGCAACGCCUGCGGCACACUCUGGAACCUGUCAGCCCGCAGCCCCCGCGACCAGGAGCUGCUGUGGGACCUGGGUGCCGUGGGCAUGCUGCGCAACCUGGUGCACUCCAAACACAAGAUGAUCGCCAUGGGCAGCGCCGCCGCCCUGCGCAACCUGCUGGCCCACCGGCCCGCCAAGUACCAGGCGGCAGCCACCGCCGUCUCCCCGGGCAGCUGCGUGCCCAGCCUGUACGUGCGAAAGCAGCGGGCGCUGGAGGCAGAGCUGGACGCCCGGCACCUGGCCCAGGCACUCAACCACCUGGAGAAGCAGGGCCUGCCCGAGCCCGCCUCCAAGAAGCCACUGCCACCCCUGCGCCACCUGGACGGCCUGGCCCAGGACUAUGCCUCGGACUCUGGCUGCUUUGAUGACGAUGACGCGCCCUCGCUGGCCGCUGCUGCCGCCACCGCCGAGCCUACCAGCCCAGCCGUGCUAUCCCUAUUCCUGGGCAGCCCCUUCCUGCAGGGGCAGGCGCUGGCCCGCACCCUGCCUGUCCGCCAUGGCGGCCUGGAGGCAGAGAAGGAGGCCAGCGCGGAGGCAUCCGUGGCGGCCAAGGCCAAGGCCAAGCUGGCGCUGGCAGUGGCGCGGAUUGACCGGCUGGUGGAGGACAUCUCCGCCCUGCACACUUCUUCUGAUGACAGCUUCAGCCUCAGCUCGGGGGACCCCGGGCAGGAGGCACCAAGGGAGGGCCAAGCCCAGUCCUGUUCACCCUGCCGGGCCCCCGAGGGUGGGCAGCGGGAGGCAGGUAGCCGGGCCCACCCGCUGCUGCGGCUCAAAGCGGCCCAUGCCAGCCUCUCCAACGACAGCCUGAACAGUGGCAGCACCAGCGAUGGGUAUUGUCCGCGCGAGCACAUGCGGCCCUGCCCCCUGUCUGUGCUGGCUGAGCACCGCGAGGACCCGCUGUGCGGGCAGGUGCGGCCCAGCCGGCUGGACCUUGACCUUCCCGGCAGCCAGGCCGAGCCACCAGCCCGGGACACGGCACCCACCGAUGCCCGAGUACGCACCAUCAAGCUGUCGCCCACCUACCAGCACGUGCCGCUACUGGAGAGCGCGGCCAGGGCGAGUGUGGGGUCCCUUGCUGGGCCCGGGGCCUCCUCUGGGGCUCGGAAGCAGGCCUGGCUGCCGGCCGAGGCCCUGAGCAAGGUGCUGGAGAGGCCGGCUGCUGCCCCGCUGCCCGCAGCCAGCAAGGCGCUGCAGAGGCUGGCGGCACAGGAGGGGCCGCUGUCCCUCUCACGCUGCAGCUCCCUGUCCUCGCUGUCCUCAGCCGGCCGCGUGGGCCCCAGCGAGGCAGAGCUGGACGACAGUGACUCGUCCCUGGAGGGGCUGGAGGAGGCGGGCCCCAGCAAGGCACAGCUGGACGGGGCCUGGCAGGGGCCGGGGGUCACCUCCCUGCCCGUGGCCAUCCCAGCGCCCCGGAGGGGCCGUGGCCACGGCCUGGGGGUGGAGGACGCCACGCCGUCCAGCUCGUCCGAGAACUACGUACAAGAAACGCCGCUGGUGCUGAGCCGCUGCAGCUCUGUGAGCUCGCUGGGCAGUUUUGAGAGCCCGUCCAUCGCCAGCUCCAUUCUCAGCGACCCAUGCAGCGGUCUGGGCAGCGGCGUGGUCAGUCCCAGUGACCUGCCCGACAGCCCCGGGCAGACCAUGCCCCCCAGCCGCAGCAAGACGCCGCCGCCGGUGCCCCCCGGCCAGCCCGAGGCCAGCCAGUUCAGCCUGCAGUGGGAGAGCUAUGUGAAGCGCUUCCUGGACAUCGCCGACUGCCGGGAGCGCUGCCGGCUGCCGUCUGAGCUGGACGCCGGCAGCGUGCGCUUCACGGUGGAGAAGCCCGACGAGAACUUCUCAUGCGCCUCCAGCCUCAGCGCGCUGGCUCUGCAUGAGCACUACGUGCAGCAGGACGUGGAACUGCGGCUGCUGCCUCCCGCCUGCCCCGAGCGCGCCGGUGGCACCGGGGGUGCCAGUGUCCACUUUGCCGGGCACCGCCGGCGGGACGAGGCCGGUGGCCGCCAGGAGAGGCCUGCACCCCCUACAUCUCGGCCCCGCGCGGCUGCUGACCAGGAGCUGGAGCUGCUGCAUGAGUGUCUGGGGGCCGCUGUGCCUGCCCGGCUCCGCAAGGUGGCCUCAGCACUGGUGCCCGGCUGCCGCACCCUGCCAGUGCCCGUCUACAUGCUGGUGGCUGCCCCGGCCCGGGAGGAUGACUCCUGCACUGACUCGGCCGAGGGCACGCCGGUCAACUUCUCCAGCGCCACCUCACUCAGUGAUGAGACACUGCAGGGACCCCCCAGGGACCGGCCCGCCGGGCUGGCAGACAGGCAGAAAGUCAUGGGCCGCCCGGCCCCUGCCAGGCAGGCCACUGGGCACCGACACAAGGCAGGGGGUGCCGGCCGGAGCGCAGAGCAGGCCCGGGUGGGGGGCAGAAGUCGGGUGGGGCUGGAGCUGCCCCUCGGCCAGCCCUCGAGUGCUCACUCGGACAGGGCCUGCUCACGUGCGGGCCGCAGCCGUGGGGAUGGGGCCUUGCAGUCGCUGUGCCUCACGACGCCCACUGAGGAGGCGGUGUACUGCUUCUACGGCAAUGACUCUGACGAGGAGCCCGUGGCCCCUGCCGCAACGCCCAUCCGGCGGGCGUCCGCCAUCCCCCGAGCCCUGAAGCGGGAGCGCCAGAUGGGCAGGAAGGAGGCCCAGGCCCCGUCCAGGGUCGCGCCACCUGCCCGGGCCCAGCCCAGCCUGAUCGCCGACGAGACCCCGCCCUGUUACUCUCUGAGCUCCUCUGCCAGCUCCCUGAGUGAGCCCGAGCCCCCUGAGCGGCCAGCCGGCCGUCUUCGAGGCCAGGAGCCAGCGGUCAACAAGGCCCCAGAUACAGACGGCAGGCGCGACAGUCCCCCAAGCCUGCAGGCCCAGGAGGAGCCUGUGCGACGCUGCGUCGGCGCAGCUGUGCCCAGGUGCCGGCUCCAGGCGUCUGUCCCGCGGCGCCGCAAGCCCCGAACUGCCCGGCAGGACGAGAGGCCGGCAGAGGUACCCCGGGAGCAUGGCGAGGAGACGGCGGGCUCGGAUCGGGGCUCGGACCUGGACAGCGUGGAGUGGCGUGCCAUCCAGGAGGGGGCCAACUCCAUCGUCACGUGGCUGCACCAGGCAGCUGCGGCCACCCGCGAGGCCUCGUCUGAGUCUGAUUCCAUCCUGUCCUUUGUGUCGGGGCUGUCAGUGGGCUCCACCCUGCAGCCCGCCAAACACAGGAAGGGGCAGCCACCAAGGGUGGUGGGCGAGGUGCGCAGUGCCCGGAGGCCAGAGAAACGAGGCGCAGUCUCGGCCAAGAGCAGUGGAAGCCCCGGGUCUCCUGGAGGCCCCGAGAAGCCACGUGGCACUCCCAAGACCGCGUCUGGAGUGCCUGCUGUGCUCCGAGGACGGACAGUCAUCUACCUGCCCAGCCCGGCCACCCGCGUCCCGCCCAAGUCUGCCCCCGGCCCCCGCACCACACUAAAGAAGAUGGGGCCCCCUUGCCCGGUACAGCCUGCAGCCCCGGCCAAAGCCCCCAGCUCUGGACAGCAGCGGUCGCAGAGCCUGCACCGACCGGGCAAGAUUUCAGAGCUGGUGGCCCUCAGCCACCCGCCGCGGAGUGCCACACCGCCCGCCCGGCUGGCCAAGACCCCGUCGUCGAGCUCCUCCCAGACCUCGCCUGCCUCCCAACCCCUGCCCAGAAAGUCCCCCCUGACCACCCAGCCCGCAAGGCCCCUGCCCGGCCCCGGGGUGCCCCCGGUGCCCAAGACGCCCGCGCGGGCCCUGCUGGCCAAACAGCACAAGACGCAGAAGUCGCCUGUGCGGAUCCCCUUCAUGCAGAGGCCGGCCAGGCGGGGGCCGCCGCCACUGGCCAGGGCAGCCCCGGAGCCGGGCCCCAGGGGCCGGGCGGGGGCCGCGGUGGGGCCGGGGCCGCGCGGGGGUCGGCUGGGCCUGGUGCGCGCGGCCUCGGCCCGCUCCAGCGGCAGCGAGUCCUCCGAGCGCGCGGGCUUCCGGCGGCAGCUCACCUUCAUCAAGGAGUCUCCGGGGCCGGGGCCGCUGCGCCGGCGACGCUCGGAGCUGAGCUCCGCCGAGCCCGCGGCCCCCGCCGUCUUCCUCUGCUCCUCGCGCUGCGACGAGCUGCGGGCGGCCCCCCGGCAGGCGCCCCGGCGCCCCAGCUCCGAGAGCCCGUCCCGCCUGCCCGGGCCCGGCACGGUCAAGCGACACGCGUCGCUGCCGCACAUCAGCGGCGCCCACGGGCGCGACGCGGCCGCCCCCGGCCCCCCGGCUCCGACCCCGGCCGGCGAGGCCGGGCCGCUCCCCAGGGUGUCCGCGGCCGGCAGCACGUGGCGGCGCAUCCGCGACGAGGACGUGCCCCACAUCCUGCGCAGCACGCUGCCCGCCACCGCCCUGCCGCUCCGGGCCGCCGCGCCCGACCACGGCCCCGCCGGCCCCGCGCGGCGCGAGACCAGCGACGCGGUGGUGCAGACCGAGGACGUGUCGGUCCCCAAGACCUGCGCCAGCACGUCCCCGCGCCUGGAGAGCCGGGAGCCCCCCCGGGCGCCCGGCCCGCUGCUCGGCAGCGACGUGGACGGGCCCGGCCCCGCCAAGGCCCCCGCCGCCCCCUUCCCGCACGAGGGCCCGGGGGCGGUCGCCGCGGGGGCCUUCCCCGCCAGCCGGCACGGCUCCCCCAGCCGCUCCGUGCGCGUCCCGCCCUUCAACUACGUGCCCAGCCCCAUGGCGGCCGCGCCCGCCGCCCCCGACUCGGCCGUGGAGAAAGCGCCCGCCCCCGCCGGCCUGCUGGAGUAG